CUGAGAUUUCAGUAAUCGACAAUGAGCGGCAGAGGAAAAACCGGCGGCAAAGCGAGAGCGAAGGCCAAGACUCGGUCGUCCAGGGCAGGGCUGCAGUUCCCCGUCGGUCGCGUUCACAGGCUUCUCCGCAAAGGUAACUACGCAGUGCGCGUCGGUGCCGGUGCUCCCGUCUAUCUGGCGGCUGUGCUCGAGUAUCUCACCGCUGAGAUCCUGGAGCUGGCUGGAAACGCCGCGAGGGACAACAAGAAGACCCGCAUCAUCCCCCGUCACCUGCAGCUGGCGGUGCGCAACGACGAGGAGCUGAACAAACUCCUGGGCGGAGUGACCAUCGCUCAGGGCGGCGUGCUGCCCAACAUCCAGGCCGUGCUGCUGCCCAAGAAGACCGAGAAACCCGCCAAAGCCAAGUAAACGAGUCCGGUCUCCUUCUCCAACACAAAGGCUCUUUUCAGAGCCACA